AUGGAGCUAUCUGCUGAAGGAACAACUCCGGAGUAUAUGGCGUUAGCUGGUAUAAAAUUCAAGUUAUCUUUACCGCAAUUUAAAGAUGAUCCUAAACUGAAAGAAGAAUUAUUACAAGGAAUAAAAGCUGGUCACAUGGCUCCUUAUUAUAAAGAAGUCUGUUCUGAUCUCGGUUGGAACUUUGAUCAAAAAUUGUAUGAUGAGAUGACAAAAGAGAAUCAAGAUCGACUAGCCAAAUUUGAAGAUGAUGACUCUGAAACACCAGUCUGGCAAGAUCGAUUGGAUUAUAUGUGCUCAAUAGGUGAUAAAGAAGCUGCAACAGCUCUAGCCACAACUAAAUAUGAAGACUCUACUUUAACUACUAAUCGUAGGCUAGAUGCUAUAUUUGCCAUGUUCAGAAUUGCAUAUUUCCAUGGAUGUAAUGUGAAAGAAAUGGGCAAAGCUAUUAAUAAGGCUCAUGAGUUAGUUGACAAAGGUGGUGAUUGGCGUUCCAGAAAUAAACUUAAGGCAUAUGAAGCAAUUUACUGCCUAGCAGUCCGUGAUUACAAUCAUGCUGCUGAACUUUUUAUUGACUGUGUGUCUACAUUUGAAUCUUACGAAUUAGUUGAUUUUGGUACAAUUAUCCAGUAUUGUGUACUGGCAUGUGCAUUAGCACUGGAACGUCAUGCAUUGCAAGCAGCUUUACGGCGACAGGGCGCAGCAGUACAAGCAUUACGUUCACGUUUCCCAGAAUUACGAGAACUUGUUGAAUCCUUACAUGAGUGCCGUUAUGCUGACUUCAUGAAGAGUCUUGCUUGGGUUGAAACUCAGAUCUGUGUAGACCCAGUCUUUAGACCCCACUACCAGCACUAUGUACGAGAAGCUCGCAUUAAGGCAUAUGUGCAGCUAUUGCGCGCUUACCGCUCACUCAGCCUUGACAACAUUGCGGAUACAUUCGGUGUCACCCGUGAAUUUGUUGAGGAUGAAAUUUCCACGUUCACAGCAGCUGGUCGUCUCCAAUGUCGCAUAGACGCGGUCGCGGGCUGCGUGGUGACGGGCGCGGGGCGCGGCGCGGACGCCGACCGCUCCCAGCUGUACCAGGCGACUAUACGUGAGGGGGAUCUGUUACUUAACCGCGUCAAGAAACUCGCCAGUGUUAUUAACUUC